AUGAAAUUUUCAAGGAAAGUAGUGGCCUUGUUGUUGUGUCUGUUGAAUUCAAGAAAUCAUUUUUGUUUAUCCCAAGAAGAUGGUUCCGAUUCUCAUCCUACGCUUCCCAAGGGGCAGGAGAGUUGUAAAGGGAUAUUCAUUAUGUACAAUUUCAUCUCUCGGGAAAAAGAGUAUCCCCGUGAGAAGAAUGCAACAGCUCAAUCAUGGGCGUUCAACUCCAGCGUCACCAUAUUGAACAUGGGGACAACCGAGUUGAAGGCCUGGAAGAUCUUCAUUAAGUUUCAAUACCAGGAGAUAUUAGUCUCGGCAGACGGCGCCGUUUUAACGAACAGCGAGGAUUUCCCGGCUCCGGUCGGCAACGGAACUUACCUCUCAGGAUAUCCUCAAACGGAUCUCGAAACAUCGAUCGACACCGCCAAUGAUUUCCGAAAGAUCCAGGCGAAAGUUAAACUCAAAGGCACGCAGUUCGGUCUCAGGUCACCUAAGAAUCCAAUGCCUAAAACAAUCAAACUUGCAAAUGAUGGAUACAAAUGCCCUUCACCCACUCAUAAAAGUUCCUCAAUGUACUUAUGUUGUGUUAAGGACAAAAAGCUGAAAGCUAAUAAAACAAUAACAAAGUUCUUGCCGCGCCAAAAGGGUGACCUUCUGAUUGCAUACGACGUGACACGAGCGUUCGUAAACAACUACCUUGUGCUGGUCACGAUGGAGAACAAGAACGCAUUGGGGCGACUCGAUCAUUGGAACUUGACAUGGGAAUGGACGAGAGGUGAAUUUAUAGAAACACUCAAAGGUGCUUAUGUGCGUGAACUCGAUACUUCAAACUGUUUAAACGGUCAGGCAGGGGUUUACUACGAUCAAAUGGAUUUUUCCAACGUUUUGAACUGCCAGAAGAACCCCAUCAUUUUCGACUUACCGCCGGAGAAAGCGAACGACACGCAGAUGGGGAAGGUACCGUAUUGUUGCAAAAACGGUACCCUUUUGCCGACCACCAUGGAUGGAACCAAAUCAAAAGCAGCUUUCCAAAUGCAAGUGUAUAAACUUCCACCUGAUUUGAAUAGAACAGUUAUAUACCCUCCUCAAAAGUGGAAAAUUGUGGGUGUUCUUAAUCCGGAUUACAAAUGUGGGGCACCUAUAAGAGUUGAGCCUUUUAAGUUCCCUGAUCCAUCUGGUCUCGAGGCUGUAAAACCUGCAAUCGCGAGCUGGCAAAUUGUCUGCAACAUCUCGAGACCAACCACAGGUAACUUUAGAUGCUGCGUUACGUUCUCGGCUUACUACAAUAAGUCGGUCAUACCAUGCGACACUUGUGCCUGUGGAUGUGAAGAUACCACGCAAUGCAACCCGGAUAAAAGGGCAAUGCUUUUGCCACCCGAGGCCCUUCUCGUUCCAUUCCACAACAGGUCAGUAAAAGCCAAAGCUUGGGCUUCGAUUCACCAUUUCCGAAUCCCCAAGCCAUUGCCAUGUGGCGACAACUGUGGAGUCAGCAUAAACUGGCAUGUCUCUUCGGAUUAUAAACAAGGAUGGGCGGCUCGAAUGACACUUUUCAACUGGAGAAGAUUGAAUUUCGAGAACUGGUUCACUGCACUUCAGUUCAAGAAAGCUGGUUCUGGGUACGAAAGGAUGUACUCUUUCAAUGGAACGUUUCUCAGUAAACUCAACCACACUAUCUUCGUACAAGGGAUUGAAGGGAUGAAUUAUUUGAUUGGACUGACUAAUGGUUCCGAUCCAAAAGAAGAUCCCGAUGUGCCUGGGAAACUGCAAUCUGUAAUCACGUUUAAAAAGAAGGGGGUGCUGGAUAUUGCCAAAGGAUAUGGAUUUCCAUCGAGGGUGUAUUUCAAUGGUGAAGAAUGUGCUCUUCCUUCACGUAUUCCUUCAACUGGAAUCGGAUUCACUGUUAAUUUGUUUUUACUUUUUGUUUGCAAAAUUUUGAGCUUCUUGUUGAUAGGACGUGUCAAUUGUGGGUUGAGGGUUAAUUAA